AUGAGGCUACUAAAUCCUACCCUUUGCUUCCUAUCAUUUCUUUUUCUAAUUUUAGUGCAAAGACCCACCUCUGCCUCCAAAAAGUCAUAUGUGGUGUACUUAGGAGCUCACUCACAUGGCGAAGAAAUCUCUUUGAUUGAUCAAAAUCUUGUAACAGACUCUCACUAUGAUUUUCUUGGAUCAUUUUUGGGAAGUCGAGACUUGGCGCAAGAUUCCAUAUUUUACUCAUACACAAGGCAUAUUAAUGGCUUUGCUGCAACUAUAGAUGAUGGAAUAGCAGAAGAAAUAGCUAAGCAUCCAAAAGUAGUCUCAAUCUUCUUGAACAAAGGAAAAAAGUUGCAUACAACUCACUCAUGGAACUUCCUUGGCCUCGAGCAAAACGGCGUAGUUCCUUCCAACUCAAUUUGGAAGAAAGCAAGAUUUGGUGAAGAUACAAUUAUUGGAAAUCUUGAUACUGGUGUUUGGCCUGAAUCGAAAAGCUUCAGUGAUGAAGGGUUGGGACCGAUUCCAUCAAAGUGGAAAGGAACAUGUCAAAAUGGCUCAGAUCCUGGUUUCUACUGCAACAGGAAGCUUAUUGGUGCUAGAUACUUCAACAAAGGGUAUGCAACCGUUGCUGGUCCUCUCAACUCUAGCUAUGAUUCGCCCCGCGAUAAAGAAGGUCAUGGAUCACAUACACUAUCCACAGCAGGUGGUAAUUUUGUAUCAGAUGCAAGUGUUUUUGGAUUUGGCGAGGGAGUAGCAAAAGGUGGGGCGCCUAAAGCUCGAGUAGCGGCUUACAAGGUCUGCUAUCCUCCAAUUGGUGGAAACGAGUGCUUUGAUGCUGAUAUAUUAGCAGCAUUUGAUAGUGCAAUAAACGAUGGAGUUGAUGUGCUUUCUGUUUCACUAGGAGCAGACAAUACAGCUUUCUUUAACGAUAGUGUUGCAAUUGGUUCUUUUCAUGCUGUUAAAAAUGGAAUUGUGGUGAUUUGCUCUGCUGGUAAUUCUGGUCCUGCUGAAGCUACUGUCUCCAAUCUUGCACCUUGGCAGAUAACAGUUGGAGCCAGUACUAUGGAUAGAGAGUUCCCUAGUUAUGUUGUUCUUGGCAACAAUAUGACCUAUAAGGGAGAAAGUUUAUCAGCAAAAGCCUUGCCAAAGAAUAAGUUCUUUCGAAUUAUAAGCGCUGCGGAAGCUAGAGCAGCUAACGCAUCAGCUCAAGACGCCCUCCUGUGCAAAGCUGGAGCACUUGAUCCAAAAAAAGCCAAGGGAAAGAUUUUGGUCUGCCUUCGAGGCUCAAAUGCAAGAGUGGAGAAAGGCGAGCAAGCUGCAUUGGCAGGUGCUGUAGCCAUGGUUCUUGCAAAUGACAAAGAUUCCGAAAACGAAAUCCUCGCUGAUCCUCACGUACUUCCUGCUUCGCAUGUCAAUUACAUUAAUGGUGUUGCUAUCUUCAAUUACAUUAACAAUACCAAGUCUUCUGUUGGUUACAUCACACGUCCAAAAACACAAGUAGGCACAAAGCCAGCUCCUAUUAUGGCUGCAUUUUCAUCAAAAGGACCGAACACCAUUGCUCCUGAAAUCCUCAAGCCUGAUAUAACAGCACCAGGAGUUAGCGUCAUAGCUGCAUACACAAAAGCAGAAGGACCAACAAAUGAAGACUUUGACAUGCGGCGAGUUCAAUUUAACUCAAUGUCAGGUACUUCAAUGUCAUGCCCUCAUGUUUCAGGAAUUGCUGCGCUUCUUAAAACUCUGCAUCCAAAUUGGAGUCCUGCUGCUAUUAAAUCAGCGGUUAUGACUACUGCAACUACGCUCGAUAAUAGUAAAGAGGAAAUUCUUAAUGCAUCACACUCCAAGGCAACUCCAUUUAGCUACGGAGCAGGACAUAUUAGACCAAAUGAAGCUAUGGAUCCAGGCCUAAUUUAUGACCUGAGUGUUAAUGAUUACUUAAAUUUUCUAUGCACUUUAGGGUAUAGUGAGGCACAAAUUUUAUCAUUCUCACAGACCUCCUUUAAAUGCCCUAAAAAGCCUGUUAGUCUUGCCAACUUCAAUUAUCCUUCAAUUACCAUCCCAAAAUUCUCUGGCUCCAUUACUGUCACUCGAAAAGUUAAAAAUGUUGGUGUCAGUCCAAGCAUUUAUCAAGCUCAUAUCAAAAAACCAAGUGGGUUUUCCAUUUCUGUUGAGCCGAAGGUGUUGAAGUUCAAGAAAAUUGGUGAAGAAAAAAGUUUCAGAGUUACCCUGAAAAGUAAAAAAUCUUAUGCCAUUAAGGACUAUGUAUUUGGAGAGUUGGUUUGGUCAGAUAGCAACAAGUACUAUGUCAGAAGUCCUAUUGUGGUGAAGUGGUAA